CCAAUGGAUCUCGUGUACCACUCCACGUGGCUGAACUUUCGUUGACGAGCUAGCUGAAGCCUGUGAUAUUAGAAGGAGAAUGUUGCCGAAGGAGAGCUUGCAAACGUCCAAACUAGUGGUGCAAGGUGGGGAGACCUUCAAUGCAGCCAAGGUACAAUUCUCAGAAGAUGCAAAGUGGAUGUACCUGUCUUGUGGGAGCCAUGUCAAGAUACUCAGUUACAACUCCAGAGAAGUGGUGCACACUCUCGUACACCACACAGACGAUGUCACCUCAAUCCUCAUCAACCCAGCGAACAAGAUGCAGGUGUACACCACAUCACUGGAUGGACACCUGGCAUUAUGGGAUACCACUGACGGAGCUCUGCUCAGAGUGAUUGACUUUGGAGUUCCACUGUACAAGCUUGCCAUCCGCCCUAAGCACUCUGACCCCUCAGUGUUCCUACUCAUCGGAGCCAAAGAUGAUACUAACCUAAGGGUUGUGGGCAUGCCCAGUAGCGUGCUCACAGAGAGACAGCCAACAAUUCCCCCUAGCGACCAAAUAAAGGAGUCCAAGAAAUAUUUGCGACUGUGGAGAACAUCUCAUGACCUCACCUUCAACCGUGAUGGUUCCCACAUGAUAGCCUACAGUGGUAAAGUGCUCUAUGUAUACGACUUUGUGACAGAUAACAACAACAGGUACAUCAGUGAUCUCCCUAUUCAGUGUCUCUCCGUGCACCCCACAAGGAACUGCAUCGCCACUGGCACUAGCACUGGGAAGAUUGUCCUCUGGUACAACUAUGCUGAGAGGGGAACUGAGGUAGUCAAGACAACCCUUCACUGGCACGCUCACGCUGUUGGGGACCUCUGCUUCACCACUGAUGGCACGUAUCUGGUCAGUGGUGGUGAGGAGGGUGUACUCGUCCUCUGGCAGCUGGACACACACAAGAGAGAGUUUCGUCCUCGUCUUGGCUCACCCAUCACACACCUCGCCUGUAGCCCUGGUGACAAGUACUUCACUGUCGGUCUGCAAAGCAAUGUGGUGCAAGUGGUAUCAGGACUGGACACUGAGGUGGAAUGGACUAUCGGAGGACUGAGGAGGUCCCAUACCCAGACUGUAGACCAGAAUGGAAUCAAUACUGGCCUAGUGAUAUGUCCACGUUCCAUGUCUAUAGUGACCAACAGUACGCCCGGGUUCAUCCAGUUCUAUGACCCAGUCAAGGAGUCCGUCACCCAACAAUUGAAUGUGACGGACCUGAACUACGUGUCUCGGCCUGAUGACACACCCCUCUCUCUGACCACAGUAGACCACACCUCUUUCUCUCCUGACGGGGACUGGCUAGCAACAGUUGAGAGCAGAGAUGAUGGUAAGACUGUCCCUGAGUUACGGAUGAAGUUAUGGCAGUACAGCUCCUCUCAACAAAGAUACACUCUGAACACUUGUGUGGAGCCACCUCACGAUCGACCUGUCACCAGCAUCACCUUCCAACCACGUCACCGUACCAACAAGACGUCCAAUCAGAUCCCUCUAUUGGUCUCUACGAGUCUAGAUGGCCACUUCAAGACGUGGGUCCUCCUAGGAGAGGAAGUGGGUGUGUCAUGGUCGUGUCAGGCAGUGGGUUACUACCAUGGUCUGGAGAGUGUGGGGGCGUGCUUCAGUGAGGAUGGGUCACUACUGGCUGUCAACUUCAAGACUUGUCUGACUCUGUGGGACCCAGUGAACUGUGAGCUGAGGAAGACUCUCUGCAACCCUUUCAAGAGUGGAGACUAUCGGUGUAUGGUGUUUGGUCAUAAGAGCUCUUCCCAGUAUCUCGUGACAGCCUCAGAGACUCACCUCCAAGUCUGGGACCUCCUCUCUUGCUCAGUGCUGUGGUGUGUGAAGACCAGAGUGUGCUCCAUGGUAUCUGAUCCUCUGAGUCAACUCACAGCUGUGUUUGUGCCCUCAGGGAAUGACCCAUCAUCCACACAUUUGUACCUGAUUGACCCCUCUUCCCCCACUCCACUGGCCGUACAUCACUCUGUGUGCUCGGGGCAAGUGCUGGGGGGCGUGUUCCUACCCCCUCAGUCAGGGGGUACCUCCACACUGUACUUCAUGGACAAGGCACAGGUGUUGUAUGGCCUAGAGGAGGAAGGUAAAGAGAAGAGUGAUGACUCUCGGCCGUUACUAGGGGACAAUGUUCCCACGUCAGAGAGGGCAUUCUGGGAUAUCUUUGGAGGCAGCAAACUACAAAACAGAGGUUCUACAGUACACCACAAGUUGAACAGCACGUCCAAACCAUCACUCUCUCUACUCAGUGCCCCUCCCCACGUCCUCCCCCCAAUGCCCUCCCUCUGUCUCCCGUUCCUCCAGUCACUGUUACCACAUCGGCAGGGGUCUAAAGGUCACCUUGAUGAAGACAUGGUCGAGAGUGAGGUAGAAGGUUUGAGUUCAGAGGAUGAAGGUCAGCCAGAAGUGGGUGUGGCCUCUAGUAAAGCUAACAAUGUGAUGGAAGUGGACAUUGAGUGUAGAGACUUGGAGGUCAAGAACUAUGACUGGCUAGUAGAGCAUUUCAGAAUAAUGUGAUAUUCGAUAUUUUUUGUGAACCAAGCAUUCUUGACAAUACCAGGAGCAGAUUACAGAA